AGUGCCGGCGUCUUCUUUCUUCCCUGCGCUUCUAGGUAUUUAAUCGGAGGUUUAAUUUUGUUGACGAUGGCGCGCACAAAGACAACUCCCAGAGAGAGAACUGUGGCGCCAGCCAGGAACCUCAGGCCCAUACCCUCAGGAUCUAUCAAAGAGCAUAUCCUCACCCUCAACAAAGGGGAGGAUAUAUUUAGAAAAGUAAUGAAUGCUUCUACAACGGAACCUGGGGUUAUUUUUGUGAAAGCAAUCAGUGGGACCAUGUCACUCGCCACAAUCUGUCAUUUUGCGCAUGGAGAAUACACAAUAUACGAGGGUUUGCAUGAAAUUAUAGAAGGUACAUUUGUUCCAUUUAAAGAUGGAACUCUAAGUGGAAGGAUGGGAACAAUGAAUGCAACCUCUUUUUGUCCUGAUGGAAAUAUAAUCAAUGGUAGAGUAAAAGUUCCCGUGAUUGCGGCGACUCCUUUACGGUUAGCUUUAUUGAAAGACGGUCUUGGAUUUUUAUAAGGAAAUUUGUGAUAAAAUUAAGUUUGUGUUUGCUUGGAAGAUUUUAAUUGAUAUCUACUAUUUACUAUUUUUUUCCCUAAAAAAGUAAACUCAAAAUAUAUUUUUUUUAUAUUAUAUUAAAAAUUAAUUUUACAUUUAAAAUAUCAAUUCAACACUAGUUAUAUAAAAUCAUGUUGUGUCUCUUUCUUAUUUCUCAUGUGUAAUUGUUUUCUCUCUUGUUUGUAAUUUUUAAAUCCUGCACUCAAAUAAAUACAUGUAGCCUGCUCAUCCUAGAAGUUUAUCAUAUUAAACAUUCUAUUUCCUACAAUUGUAGAUCCAACUUCGUUUUUCAUCCGGGAUGAGGAUAACAUAAAUAGAUCAAACCACAUGUAAAGCAUUGCUGGAGGGAAAUUUUGGGCAGUCUGACAAAUUGUUGUAUACUGAGAGUACGUUAUAGUUUCGGGUGUGUUUGUUUGAGGGAUUUGUUUGGAUUUCUACUAUUCAUCCAAUUUUUCCCCCCAAAAACAUCAAAUCAAACACCUAUUUUUUAUUUUUUAUAUUAUACUAAAAAUCAAUUUUACAUUCAAAACAUCACAUCAACACCUAUUUAUAUCACAUCAUACAACUAUUCAAAUUCAAAAUUUUUACUAUUCAAAUCCCAACUCAAAAUCCAAACCCUCAAACAAACACACCCUUCGAAAUGUUCAUUGUUGUUUGUUGUAUAUCAUGCCCAUGUUCUAGAAUGUUAGUUUUCAACUAGAGAUAAGCUUUAUGGUGAUCAUGAUUUUGUAAGCGUGAUUCAACAUGAUAUUUUUUUUUGUAUAGAUAAAUUCGACGUGUAUUGCUGAGA